UCCCCUGCCCCGUCCCUGUCCCCUCACAACGUGCUCCCCGUUCCCCCAGGGAGGUUUUCAAAGCCAAGCACCGCCAGACGGGCAAGAAGGUGGCCCUGAAGAAGGUGCUGAUGGAGAACGAGAAGGAGGGGUUCCCUAUCACGGCCCUGCGCGAGAUUAAAAUCCUCCAGCUGCUCAAGCACGAGAACGUGGUGAACCUCAUAGAGAUCUGCAGGACCAAAGCCUCCCCGUACAACCGCUGCAAGGGCAGCAUCUACCUGGUGUUUGACUUCUGCGAGCACGACCUGGCUGGCCUCCUCAGCAACGCCCACGUCAAGUUCACGCUCUCGGAGAUCAAGAAAGUCAUGCAGAUGCUGCUCAACGGGCUGUACUACAUCCACAGGAACAAGAUCUUGCAUCGAGACAUGAAAGCCGCCAACGUCCUGAUCACUCGGGACGGGGUCCUGAAGCUCGCAGACUUCGGGCUGGCUCGAGCUUUCAGCCUGGCUAAGAACAGCCAGCCGAACCGCUACACCAACCGGGUGGUCACCCUGUGGUACCGGCCGCCAGAGCUGCUCCUAGGGGAGCGGGACUACGGCCCCCCCAUCGACCUGUGGGGCGGAGGCUGCAUCAUGGCCGAGAUGUGGACCCGCAGCCCCAUCAUGCAGGGCAACACGGAGCAGCACCAGCUCACCCUCAUUAGCCAGCUCUGCGGAUCCAUCACGCCGGAGGUCUGGCCGAACGUGGAUAAAUACGAGCUGUUUGAGAAGCUGGAUCUCCCCAAGGGCCAGAAGCGCAAGGUGAAGGAUCGCCUGAAAGCCUACGUCAAGGACCCGUACGCGCUCGACCUCAUCGACAAGCUGCUGGUGCUGGAUCCCGCCCAACGCAUCGACAGCGACGAUGCGCUGAACCACGACUUCUUCUGGUCAGACCCCAUGCCCUCGGACCUCAAAAACAUGCUGUCCACCCACAACCAGUCCAUGUUCGAGUACCUGGCCCCGCCGCGCAGGCGGGGUGGCCACAUGCCCCAGCAGCCGGCGAACCAGGGCAGGAACCCCACAGCCACCAACCAGACCGAAUUUGACAGGGUGUUUUGAGCGGGGUCCCGGCCGGGCUGCUCAGGGAGGUGCAGGGAGCAGGGACGUGCUGCGGGGUCUCUCUCUCUUUCUCUCUCUGGGCAGGGACUUCCUUCAAGGCGAGGUGCCUGGUGGCUUUAAGCGAGCUCUGCCGUCCCCUCUCCUUGCACAGCAGCUCUGCCACUAAGGAGCUGCAAGCUGUGUGUGUGUGUGUGUGUGUGUGUGUGUGUGUGUGUGUGUGUGCAGGUGUGUUUGUAGGUGUGUGUGGGUGCAGGUGACGCCUGCCAGCCCAGGGUUGUUUCCCUGCAGCUUUGGCCCAGAGCCCGUGUCCCCCUGGAGCAAUCUGUAUGGGUUAGGUUAAUCUCGUGGAUCAAUUGUUAGGGACCUGGUGAUGGAGAAGGUGGCUGUGUCCGUGCUGGGGCUCGCUGAGGCUCUCAGCAAACAGUCCAGUGAGCAGCAGGGCUGGGAGCAGCUGCCCCGGCCCAGACUGGGCCCCGCUGGUAGCUGUCUCUGGCUCUCAGUUGGUCUUAGCUCACAUACACCGUGUCCUCUGAACACGCAGAAGCUGAUGUAGGAUGGGGCAGGUGCCUCUGAGUAAUUUGGACGUGUCUCGGGGAAGGCAUAGUCAUACUGCCUAGUGACUAACUCUCACUGGAGUGUUGGGCUACAGCCUAGGAAAGGACUUGCUGGGCCAACCGGAGGGGCGGCUGACAUAGCUGGUUGCUGCAUACAGCCAGGAUUUACAGUGGGAAUCAUUGGUCUCUGUCACAGUGCUCGGCGUCCCUGCUUUCUUGGUUCCAAGCUGCAAUUAGGAUUCUUGUGGGACACGCCUGGCCAGCUGCCUGCUCUUCGCUUAGCACUGACCAUGGCGAGACUUCGGAUGGGGAAGGGAGCUGGGGG